CACUUGAUCAUCCACGUGCAUUCAUCGCCGUCCUGCCGCUUGAUGUAUUUCUGUAGGUAAAGGCAGUGACUGUAGACACAUUUAAAGAGGAGAGCCGAACAACAAAAUCUGCUGAUCACAAACAAACACAGCACACCAAAUCUAUAAUUUAUAAUUUAUAAUUGAUCUGUCCAGUAGCAGUAUGAGCUCAAAGGGUGGCACUGCCCUGUCCCGACGCAGCUAUCGCCUGGCAUCUGACGCAGACAAUCCCAAAGUCACAGGUAUUGUCAAUGAGAAGUUACUGAGUGACUAUCUGCAGCAUGUGUUUCCUGCCUCCGGUAAGCAGGGACCGGCAUCAGCGGCGUACAGAAAAAGCCUGACGUUCCAGGAUCUCGGAGCUCAUCUGGAGAAGCUGCUGGCUGAAGAUAACGUCACCGAGGACAGCAGAGAUCAGAUAGAAGGCUGCCUUGGGCCUUUAACUGUUGUCCUGGAUCACAGCAGUGGCUUUGAAGGGCUGUUAUUUGUUGAUGAUGACCUUUUGGGGGUCAUUGGUCACAGUAACUUCAGCUCCAUCAGAGCCACCACGUGUGUUUACAAAGGGAAAUGGGUCUAUGAAGUUCUCGUCUCAUCUCAAGGCCUAAUGCAAAUCGGAUGGUGCACAUUGAACUGCAGAUUCAACCAAGAGGAAGGGGUCGGGGACACGCCGGACUCGUACGCUUACGACGGAAACAGAGUCCGCAAAUGGAACGUGACAACCACCAACUACGGCAAGUCUUGGGCUGCUGGUGAUAUCGUCAGCUGUUUGAUAGAUUUGGAUGAGGGAACCAUUACGUUUUGUCUUAAUGGACAGUCUCUUGGUGUUGCGUUCAGCAAUAUUAAGACAGGGCCGGGCGUCGCGUAUUUCCCUGCAAUCAGCCUUUCCUUCAAAGAAUCUGUAGCCUUCAAUUUCGGCAGCCGUCCUCUCAGGUACCCUGUGGAAGGUUACCUUCCUCUUCAAAGCCCACCAACCACUGACCUCAUCAAAGCCAACAGGCUUCUGGGAUACCUCAAGACAGUCCUGUCCACCUCCAUCGACACACAGGAGGAAAAGCUUGUGGAGAGAGACAGUGGAACCUGGCAGAUUCAAGGAGACCCCACCAUCCUGGUCACCCUUGCACAUAUAUUCAACCACUUCGCACCUCUCAUGUGCAAAGUGUACUUAGUGGAGGAUGUGCUGAUGAACUUCCUGUUGAGUAUAUUGGAGGGUGGAGGAUCUGUUGAUGAACAUCCUCUUAUACAACAGCUCCUGGACCUCUUCUGGCUUCUCAUGGAGGACCAUGAGGUGAACGAGUGUCUGAAACAGCUGAUGAUGUCACUGCUGAGAGCGUAUCGUUUCUCUCCCAUCAUCCCUGAUCUGGGCUUUCAGAUUCAUUACCUUCGUCUGACCACAGCUAUACUCCGGCAUGAGAAGUCCAGGAAGUACCUGCUCAGCAAUGUCCUGUUUGACGUGCUCCGGUCUGUGGUCUUCUUCUACAUCAAGACCCCUCUGAGAGUGAAGGAGGCAGGGCUGGAUGAGCUCAUCCCAACCACCUGGUGGCCGACACGCUUCGACAAAGAGGGCAAAGAUGAGAGAGACACGUGUGAGGAGACGGCCGAGGAGAGGCUGAGACGGCGUGCAUACGAGCGUGGCUGUCACAGACUGAAAAAGAGGAUUGAGGUUGUGGAGGAGCUGCAGGUUCAGAUCCUGAGGUUAAUGCUGAACAACAAAGACAAGGGGACGGGCGAAGCAUCUCGAUACAUUUUCCUCAACAAAUUCCGCAAGUUCCUUCAAGAGAACGCCAGCAAUAGAGGGAACCCCACAGUGUUGUGUCCUCCUGAAUACAUGGUGUGUUUCAUUCACCGGCUCAUCACGGCCAUCAGGAGCUACUGGGAUGAAGGCAAGAGAAAAAGCCCAGGAUCCAUCAGCAGUGAAGACGCGUACGUCCCUCCUCAGCUCUUCUACAACGGGAAGGUGGAUUACUUUGACCUUCAGCGUUUAGGAGGACUUCUCUCGCAUCUGAAGAAAACGCUCAAAGAUGACCUGGCUGCAAAAGCCAACAUCAUCAUAGACCCGGCGGAGAUCCAGGCCUCAUCCAUGGAUGAUCUGGAUGAAGAUGAGGAAACUGGAGCUGCACAGAGACCGUCUGGCGCUGUGGCCAUGGGUGGCGCUUUGGCCCGUCCCAGCUGGUUGAGUUCCCCGACGCUGGGCAGAGCCAACCGCUUCCUGAGCACCGCCGCCGUCAGCCUCAUGACCCCUCGACGACCCCUCGCCCCGCCGGAGAAAGUCAAAGUCCGGACCCUAGCCGUGGAGCAGAGAACUGAGGAAGACAUCGAGGGAAGCCAUGGUAACGAUGGGCUGUUGCUGGGGCGACCGCUAGAAGAGCCUGACCAGCCAAUCACAGAGAAGUCCCUGCUGGAGAUUCUGGACGGGGUUGUGAUGAUGUACAAUCUGAGCGUUCAUCAGCAGCUUGGCAAGAUGGUGGUUGUGUCGGAUGAUGUUCACGAGUAUGCCGUUGCCCUAAAGGACACGGAAGAGAAGAUCGCCCGAUGCCCGAGCAGAAGGCUGGAUAUUUUAGAAGAGUUGCAGAAGAGCCAAAAAGUGUUUGCUGAAAAGCUGAACCACCUGAGUCGCAGACUGGCCUGGAUCAACGCCACCAUCUACUCCAAGGAGAAGAUGCUGGAUGUGUACUGGCUCCUGAGGGUGUGUAUCCGCACCAUCGAGCAUUCGGACAGCACAGGCUCCCUGUUCGCAUUCAUGCCCGAGUUCUACCUCAACGUGGCCAUGAACAGCUACAGCGCCCUCAAAAACUACUUCAGCCCCUCCAACUGCAUGGAAGAACUUCCAGGUUAUGAGGAAACGCUCACUCAGCUCGCAGCCAUUCUCGCCAAACACUUCGCUGAUCCGCGCAUCGUUGGCACUGAUAUCAAAGAUUCACUGAUGCAGGCUUUAGCCAGUUACGUGUGUUACCCACAAUCCCUGCGUGCCGUCGAGAGGAUCCCAGAAGAACAGCGGAUGGCUAUGAUGAGGAACUUACUGGCUCCAUAUGAACAGAGACCUUGGGCUCAAACCAACUGGAUCCUGGUUCGUCUUUGGAGGGGUUGUGGCUUUGGCUACAGGUACACACGUCUGCCUCAUCUGCUGAAGACCAAACCUGAGGACGCCAACCUGCCCAGCCUGCAAAAGCCCUGUCCAUCACUACUGCUGCAGAGACACAUGGCUGAACUCCUUAGUCAAGACAAAGACAUGGCUGCCAGUUUCCUCAAUAGCGUCUUAAACCAGCUCAACUGGGCCUUCUCCGAAUUCAUUGGCAUGAUACAGGAGAUCCAGCAGGCAGCUGAGCGUCCUGAGAGGAAUUUCGUGGACACGCGGCAGUUAAAGGUGUGCGCGACCUGUUUUGAUCUCUCUGUCAGUCUGUUACGGGUCCUGGAGAUGACCAUCACUCUAGUGCCGGAAAUAUUCCUGGACUGGACCCGCCCCUCCGCCGAGCUGCUGCUGCGCCGAUUGGCUCAGCUUCUGAACCAGGUCUUAAAUAGAGUCACGGCAGAAAGAAACCUUUUUGACAGGGUGGUCAACUUGCGCCUCCCAGGCCUGGAGAGUGUCGAUCACUACCCCAUCCUAGUGGCUGUUACAGGAAUAUUGGUGCGCAUUCUGGUCGACUCCGAUAAACAUGGGAUCUCAAGGGCUGCAUCUGUGCUGCUGUCAGAUCCUUGCUUCCAGCUCCGCUCCAUCCAGUACCUGCUAGGAGAAGGAGACGCCGGAGCCACCAGUGCCGACCAAAAACACUUCUCUCUGCACACAUAUACGGACUACAUCAGCACGGAGGAAGAGCAGAAGGUAGAGCGGAUGCUAACGUUCCUGACGGAGGAGUCCAAGCAGGCAGCUGCCAGCACAGCGCCGACCAGCGAGGACGAUCUCUGCCCGAUCUGCUAUGCACACUCCAUAUCAGCCAUCUUCAAGCCCUGCUCCCACAAAUCCUGCAAGGCCUGUAUAAAUCAGCACUUGAUGAAUAACAAGGACUGCUUCUUCUGCAAGGCCACUAUCACUGGAGUGGAUGAUUACACCAAACCAGCCAGCUCUUAGUGCGCCCUUCACACACACACACACACACACACACACACACACGCACACACACAUUUGGUGUUCAAAAUCCACAUUAUGUACACUUUCCCCAAAGAAUUCACUUCAGAAACACACAUAUUCAGGUCGUUUCUACUCAGUCCAUGUACGGUCACCGUCCCAUCACUGUUGCUUCUGCCAGCAUUGCCCAUCUGCACUGGCGUAUCAUAACAUUUUGUCCUCUGACGAAUGGAACGAGGCCGUGCAAGGCAGUAGUUCUUCCCUAGUGUCUUUGUGAUGAGUGGAUGAGAUCCUGUUUAGAGCCGCGCUCGUGGUGCUUCUGAAGGAGCAGCAGAGAAGCUGAAUGUGGAAGAUCUGCUGAGAGUGAUGGGGAGAGGAAAUGAGAGAUUUCAUCUCUCACCACUGUCUCAAUCUUUUCUUUUCUUUUUUAAUUCUCAGCUUUUCCUUUCACCGUCUUUUGUCUCAUCUCAUUUCUUCUCGUCUCUUCUCACAAACUCUGGUUAUAUAUUAUCAUAUCAGGAAGUCAGAUAUAACUCAGUGCUAGUGAACAGUUUUUCAUAUCACUCUGUAUUUGCUAACGUUUUUAUACUCAGUACUGACAGCCAUAUUUGACAUAAUGACUACAUGUAGUGUCACACUAAGCAGAACCUACAAUCACUUCUGAUUAUUGUACAUGAUUUUCUACAUGAAAAGAACAGAGGAAAAAGAAACGCAUCUACACAAAGCUUUUACACGCGCCUGUCAUAUAAUAUGUAAUAAAUGUCUUUUAUUACAGAUUUAUGAAGCAUCAUAAAGGAUAAAAGAGACAGUGUCAGAACAUGGACAGUUUACACUGAGACGUGAAUGCAGUUUGAUCUGUGAGACAGUGAUAACGGUUAUUGUUCCUCCACCGCAUUUUCUCCAUUCGGACGGCUUUCACGUUUGAUCUUUCGUUAUAAUGGUGUGGUGUUUAUGAAUGUUAUCAAACAACCCUCCGCUUUCUUCAUACCCAGAUCUUUCCUUCAGUCUGUUCCAUUAGGAGUGCCUAGACUGCUGUUUUUGUUGCAGAACACCAACAGACAUCUAGAUUUAAGUGCUUUGCUGUUGUGUGCAUGGGGUUAUCUUUCCCAGAAUCCUUAGCUAAUGGAUUAUGUUACACUCGGGCUUUGCCUGCACUCAGAAUCCAUUGCCUUGCCACAGCUCCCUUAAAAGGAUAUUCAGCCAUUGACAACUGCAAUUUUCUACACCAAAUAAAAGUCUAGUGGUGCAACCCAGUUUUAAAACCCACUAAAUAUUAGAUGGAGUGAGCCAAGACUGGAGGUGGACCGCAGCUUUGACUGUCACAAUACAGGACGCAUUGUUAAAACAAGUUGUACAGAAUUCAUCACACGCUUCUUACUAAUGCACACAGACUGUUUAUUUAACACGCAGACAAUUUGCUAUGACCGAUAAACCACUGAACUUCCAAACACUGCAUCAUAAGUAUGAAUUAUCAAAACCAAAAUAGUAUUUGGGUCACUACUUCUCACAUUUGGACUGUUAAAGCAUUUCUCACGGUGUGGUGUAAUGUUGUUUUUAAAAGGGGGUGCAUGAUAUGAAAGUAGAACCCCCCUCUAUAGUUUACUUAAAGUGUGUGCGCGCAUUUGCGGUGAGUGUGUGCCGACAACUUUAAUUUAAGGGUUUCCACUCUCAGGCAUCUGCUAUUGUUGUCAAAGGGAUUAUAGAUUAGUUAAGCAAUAUUUAAAUGACUGUUGAUGUCUUUUUUUUUUUCUUCCUUUUUUUUUUUAAGAAAGAUGACAUGGCAUUUUUUGGUUCUUUCACUUUUGUGAGAGUGUACAUGUAUUGAUAUCAGCAUUAAAUUAUUUAUCCUAAA